AUGGCGGCCUUCUCGAACAAGAGGAUCGUUAAGAAACGUUUCAACUUUAUGCUGUCGUCUUUCAGCCCGGAGGAGAAAGAAAAAUUAUCUCAGUGGAUUAGAGAGCUUCGAGGAACGUACAGCGACUCUCCUCACUUUGUUAGGAGUUGCACACAUAUUGUUUGUGGAAAACCAAAUCGAGGUGAAAAAUUUCUUUGUGGCUGUGUAUCGGGCAAGUGGAUUUUAAGGAGACAGUAUAUAGAGGACAGCAUUAAGGCCAGGAAAUGGUUAGAUGAACAUUUAUAUGAGUGGAGUGAGCAGUGUGCUGUGGAGGGAAUCUCUGCCUCUCAUAUUUUGUCGCCUUCUCGUUGGAGAAAACUUCUGCAACAAAACAAUCCAAGUCCUUUUGAGGGUUGGAAAGCAUUGGUAAAUGUUGCAGAUUCUAAGAAGAGAGCUGCUUAGAAGAGGUUGUUAGAGGUUGGUGGUGCUGCAAUUGUCAGUGGAAAGCCACCAUUCUCUGCUAGUCUUGCAUCAAAAAUAACGCAUAUCUUUGUGGAAAAAGCACUUGAGCAAGAUAUUCAAGCCCUUCAGAGUGUUGGGGUACAAUGUCUGUCUCCUGAUUAUAUUCCAGAAUUCAUACUUCAGGAUCCUCCUCCUUCUACUGCUGAAUAUUCAAUCUCGGCUUACAAUUCUCCUUUAACUCAACCAGCUGUUAAACUACAAAGAGUUUUUGGCAGGUCCAAGAACACUCCAGUGUUGAGUAGUCUGGACAAUGAGGUUAAUGUUAGUGUGCAAUCCAGGAUGAGGAAAGAGAGUGCUGCUAACAUGCCACCUUUAAAAAUUUCAAGGGCAACCUUUUGUGUUGGAAGAGAGAAUCACUCUGUCCCAUUUUCCAAAGAGUCAAAAGUUUGGUCUUGUUAUAAAGAAGAACACAAGGUGAAAACUACUUUAAGAGAGGCAAAGGCAUUGGGUCCUUGUGUUCAAAAAGAGAAAGACCAUGUGCUGCUGCUACCGCGAAAAAGGUCUAAACCAUCUGCAGAAGUUUUCUGUUCUUCAGAGUCACCAAACAAAAAACAGAAACAGCAUGAAAACUGGGCAGGGCUCAUUAACUGUGUGGAGAGGUGGAGAGCAGUAUCAAGCUUAAUGAUUGACUCGAAUACACAUAAUAAAUCUCCAUCCAAUGUCCUGGCCAUCAAAGCCUUCCAUCUGCUUCAUCGUCUCCUCACGGUGCACACACCUUCCCAAACCACUUCACUGUACCACUCAGCACUUGGCUUUCACACAGAUGCAAGUGGAAUGUCAGAUGAGAAAGGAGACAGCUGGGAAUUUAUGAAAACAGUUUACAGUAACAAAGGUGACAACAGCCAACUUGUGUUGAGGUUUACGACCACUUUACUGGAGAAAGAUUUUAAUGAGCGUAUCAAUGGGGCUUCAACCACUCUUGGUGAAAAAUUACACUGUCUGAAACAAUCCCUGCUUUGGCAAAUGUUUUGGCCGGGGUCGUGUUCAGUCUCUUUCAACACUCGUCUGCGUGAGAUCUUCAGGGUGAUGUGGGCUACAGCUUGUUCAUCGCAUGACGAACCAUCCCAGAUUGCAACUUUGAUCUCACUGCAAAGUUUCGUUGCCAUGGCAGCUCGAUGCUUUAUGCUUUCUGACGUCGUUUCCAUGAAGUGUUCCGAAGAUGAUCUAGGCACCAGGUUAAGUGAGCGUUCGCGAACUUUUGUGAAGGAGCUUUUCCUGGUCCUUGAAAAUAGAAACGAGGCUGCAUUGAAGCGAGUUUUGGAGACGUGUAGUCCCACGUGGCUUCGAAUGCACGUGACGGACAUGCUACUGGUAAACUACAAUGAUCGCUUGGUACCCCUGAAGAGACGCCACCUGAAUACUAAAGGCUUAUCCCUCGAGAAAAUAGUUUCGAACUAUUUCUUCCUGUUACCUGUGGCUGCCUCGGCAAAUACCGACUCCGUCCCAGGAUCUGCUACUGUAAAUGGAGCACCAUGUAAACGAACUCCACAUCAGGCUGUUGGGAAUGCAAACAGUCGUGAAGUGAAGAACAUGAACCGUCGAAACGCAAAGGGUGAAUCCGAUCUUCAGUCAAGUUGCAUCAAGAACCGUGUGGAAAUAGUGAAACAGCUCCUUGUGCAGGGCGCAGACGCCAACAUGCAGGACUACGCAGGUUGGACAGCACUGCAUGAGGCUUGUAACCAUGGAUUUGCAGAGUGUGUUCAAGAGUUGCUAACGGCAAGGCAGCUUGUGUAUGAAUUAAAAGCUGGACACGAUCCAAGCAAGGUACUGAACUUGUUGUCAGCUCCUCGUCAAUGUGGGACAACACCAUUACAUGACGCGGUGGAAAAUAGUCACCAGCAUGUUGUGGAGCUUCUGGUCAAAGCAGGAGGUUUACCCUUACUGGAAGCAAAGAACGCUCAGGGUAAAAAACCAGUUGACUUAGCAGCUAAAGAUGAAAUGAGAGAAUUUUUACAGUCAAUGGAACUACAGUUUAAGAGAAAGGAGAGUAGCGUCAUAGCUCUUCCUCCUUCUGAGGAAAGUUAUCAAGCAUUGUUAGGAAAGGGAAGACACUCCAGUAAGCGAGUGUCGACUGCAGACUAUGACCAAUAUCUGUUGAUCCUAUCGCAUCUGGUGCAGUCGUACUUCCGCACCACAAGAGCACGGGCUGCUUUUGCUUGUGACGAGCAACUAUGGCUGAACUUCGGUAAACACUGCAGUAAUCUUGAAGCUCAUGUUACCAGGAUCGCCGCAGACAGGCGCCUCUCCUCCCUCGCGUGCAUCCGAAUCCAUGCCAUGAGAAUGCUAGGAGGGUUGUAACGAGAAAAAUCUUUCACAUUUUAAUUAUUAGCAAAAAACGAUGUCCAAAGAAUAAAACUUCUUCAAUGAAAUUUUAUAUCAAUGUGGAAGCUACGCGUUGGGGAACAAAUUUCUUUGCGCCGCUCUCUCCACCUAAGACGUUUAUGACGACGCGAAAUCUUUCAUGUGAACGUCCUCCAUGAUAUCAGUUAUGUUUGAACGUGGAUAACUUUCACAAAUUUGAAUAAUGAACGGGAAGUCGCCGGUCACGUUGCCGGGCUGGUCAAGCGUGUUUUUGCUCGGAUGAGUGCGCUUCAGGCCGGUCAAAUUUGAAAAGUGUUGUCCAUAUAUGAGUACAUUCGUGCGGUGGAAGAAACUCAGUAAAGAAAAUUUUAUUUGAAUGAGUUGUAAUUGGUUAUUAGAAGCGUGUAAGCCUCUUCAGUGUGAGGGGAGAAUACAACCGCUGUGUUCGGUUGAAUAAAGAGUUUCUCAAUUCA